GUUGUGGGAACUUUUCGGCUCUCAGUUUGCACAACUUUUUUGCCUUAAAGUGCUUCCUUGAUCUUCCUUGCCGGAAACAUGGAGCGCAAGACUUUCUUCCGCGCUGCCAAUGACUGGGAAUUGGACCCGCUGAGCGACCACAGUAGCGACCAGGAGUUCUUUGCCUCUAACCCACGCCUGGCCGCUCGCUCAACCGCUUUGAUCGCCAAGAAGCGAGGUGCCGUCGCCAAAGCCGACAAAGCUGAGGCCAAGCAACCUGUUCGGCAGUUGUGGGCUGACAUUACUGAUGACGAGGACAAUUUUCCUUCUUGGGCUCCUAAAGCACCAGUCGCAAGAUCCGAGAUGGAUUCAGAGAAUGCAACUGAUCGCUUGUUGUGGGAUCCGAUUGGCCUGGGCACUUUUGAGUCUUCAGUCGCUGACCUCCUGUGGGACAAGACGAAGCUCAAGAAGAUGGAUGAAGGCUUUGAGCCCACUGUCUUGGACAAAUGGUCCUUCAGCACUGCUGCUACGGAAUCUCCCAGCGACAACUUGGAUUUUCAGACAGAUGACGAUGACCUGACCCCUAAGGCCAAGCCAUUGCCGCCUGCGACGCAGCCUCAAGUGGGACAGCCGAACUCGCCGCAGCAGCCUCAGCAGCCUGAGCAGCUUCAGCAAGGACUGCAACUACUGCAGACAGCAGCACCUCAGCACCAGCAAGUGAUGAUGCCCCUGCAGCAGCCCAUGCAGCCUGUGCAGCAGCCGAUGCAGUUGCCCAUGCAGCAGCCUAUGAUGCAGCAUGCCAUGCAACAGCCGAGUGGCAUGAUUUUCGCAGUCCCCUACGGGAUGCCAAUGGGUAUGGGCAUGCUCCCGGUAGUUAUGUCUCCGACGCAGCGGCAAGGUAUGGUUCAGCCCAUGCCGUCGAUAGUUGCGACAGCCACAGAGCCAGACAUGUCGCAACCAAAUGCAGAUAGUCCGCCAAUGGGCAUGGCACAUCGGUUUCACCAGAAAAACUCCAGCAUGGGGGCUCUCUCAUCUGAUGCACGAACCUUUACCAAGAAGUACAACAAGGGCAGACUCAGCAUUGUCUCAGAGAACAAGGUUCACUUUCAAGGAACCGUCCACUACUCCGUGCAAUUCACAGAGGGUGAGUUGUGUAGCGCGGAUGGAGUUGGCUUCAUCCUUUCCUCCGAUUUGCCAUGCACCCGGAACAUCCAGAAGAUCAUCUCCAUCUUCGCAAACCGCACUGGCCGCAUUUGCAUCCGUGUGCAUGACGAGGUUGUGCGCUGCAGUCAGAGGGUCAAGGAGCUUGAAGUGGGGGACUGGUUGGAGGUGAAUGCAGACCUGGUGAACCAAGCUGUGAGUUUCACAGUCUGGCCCCACGAUAACUCAGCACCAUCCUUUGUUUUUUCACUUGGGCAGGCGAGAGGCAUGGGGCGUUCAGUGCGUUCGUGCUACUGUCUCCUUUAAAGAGGUCUUGGAGGAUGCCCGCUGCCGCUUGAAUGGUGUCCCACGCAAUCCCUGUGGAUUCCUUGCUGUGGUCAUCAAGCAUUUGGGUGUCUCCGUGAAACUGGGUUCUUGAGACGUCCUGAGAUGAACACUGCAAGCGUAGAUGCAAGCGCCGCGAGACCGUUGGCAUGGCCUCAGAGCCCCUAGCUGUUAAGUCAACAGCAGUUGCUGAGAUUGAAAAGGACAUCGAGGUUGAUGGUGCAGUUGCAGCAUCAAACCUGACUCCAGUGGAGACUGACUGCAGCAUGGUAGGU